AUGACUAUCUUGUUACUACAAGAUCAGCAAUUAGAAUUUGAUAGAUCAAUACUACAGAAUUUAUUAUUAGACCUUUGUUAUAAUUUAGAUUCAGAAAAUUUACAAAUUGAUAAAAUUGUUGACGCGGUCGAAAAUGGUUUACCUAAUUCAUUAACAAUAAAGGAGUAUUAUAAUUUUGUAUCAGAAGUGAUAGCAAGUAGAAUAAUAUAUCAUCCGGAUUAUUCAAUAUUAGCUGGGAGAAUAGAAGCAAAAAAUUUACAGCAACAAAUACCUUACGCCUUUAGUGAAAAUGUUGAAAGAUUACGAAAUUAUAAACCAAAUAAGAAAAAUAGUUAUUCACCAAUAUCGUUAAAAUUUUACAACACCGUCAUAAAACAUAAAACAUUUUUUGAUAGUCUAAUAGAUUUAACACGAGAUUACGAAUUUACAUAUUUUGGUAUUAAAACAUUGGAAAAUUCAUAUUUACUCAAAACCAAUGGCGAAAUAGCUGAGUCUCCACAAUUUUUAUUUCUCAGGGUUGCAAUAGGUAUCCAUUUUGAUGACUUACACUCAGUUGAAGAAACCUAUACUUUGAUGUCACAGAAAUAUUUUAUUCAUGCCAGUCCGACAUUAUAUAAUGCGGGUUGUGAAUUUAACUAUUUAUCAUCAUGUUUUUUAUUAGCUAUGCAAGAUGAUUCAAUAGAUGGUAUUUUCAAAACAUUACAUCAAUCAGCAUUGAUUUCUAAAGCUUCAGGUGGUAUUGGAAUACAUGUACAUAAUAUUAGAUCAAGUGGUAGUUAUAUAGCAGGUACAAAUGGUACAUCAAAUGGUUUAGUACCAAUGUUACGAGUUUUCAAUAAUACAGCUAGAUAUGUCGAUCAAGGUGGUGGUAAAAGACCAGGUGCAUUUGCAAUUUAUAUCGAACCUUGGCAUGCUGAUAUUUUUAGUGUACUAGACAUGAAAAAGAAUCAUGGUAAUGACGAAAUGAGAACACGAGAUUUAUUUUAUGGAUUAUGGAUACCCGAUUUAUUCAUGCAAAGAGUUAAACAAAAUGGUGACUGGUCAUUAUUUUCUCCAAAUGAUGCAAUGGGUUUAAGUGAUGUUUAUGGUGAUGAAUUUAAUGAAUUAUAUGAGAAAUUUGAACUGGAAAACCUUGCUGUUAAAACUAUAAAAGCACAAAAAUUGUGGUUGGCUAUAUUGGAAUCACAAACUGAAACGGGUGGUCCUUAUAUGUUAUAUAAAGAUGCUUGUAAUUUGAAAUCAAAUCAGAAGAAUUUAGGUACAAUCAAAUCUUCAAAUUUGUGUUGUGAAAUUAUUGAAUAUUCAUCACCUGAAGAAACUGCUGUUUGUAAUUUAGCUUCAAUUGCAUUACCAUCUUUUGUUAAAUCAGAAGAUGAUUUUGUUGAAUUUGAUUUUGAAAAAUUACACAGUAUAACUAAAGUUGUUACCAGAAACUUAAAUAAAAUAAUAGAUGUCACUAAAUAUCCAACAGAAAGUGCAGAAAAAUCAAAUAAAAAGCAUAGACCAAUUGCAUUAGGUGUACAAGGCUUAGCUGAUACUUUUUUAGAACUACGUUUACCAUUUGACUCAAGCGAAGCAAAAGUAUUAAAUAUUCAAAUAUUUGAAACAAUAUAUCAUGCUGCAAUUGAAGCUUCAACUGAAUUAAGUAUAACUGAAGGUCAUUAUGAAACAUUUGAAGGGUCACCUGCUUCAAAAGGAAUACUACAAUUUGAUUUAUGGAAUCAUCAACCAUCUGAUUUAUAUCAAGAUUGGGGACAACUCAAAGAUAAUGUACAAAGAUUUGGUUUACGAAAUUCAUUAUUGGUUGCUCCCAUGCCAACAGCAUCAACAUCACAAAUUUUAGGAUUCAAUGAAUGUUUUGAACCUUAUACAUCAAACUUAUAUAACAGAAGAGUAUUAUCAGGUGAAUUUCAAGUUGUGAAUAAAUAUCUAAUUAAAGAUUUAAUAGAUUUAGAUUUGUGGAAUUCUGCAAUGAGAAGUAAAAUUAUGAUUGAAAAUGGUUCAAUUCAAAAUAUUAAAGGUAUACCCGAAGAUUUAAAGAAAUUAUAUAAAACUGUUUGGGAAUUAAGUCAAAAAGUUAUAAUUGAUAUGGCUGCUGAUCGCGGAAAGUUCAUUGAUCAAUCUCAAUCGAUGAAUAUUCAUUUACAAAAUCCAACAUUUGGUAAAUUGACAAGUUGUCACUUUUACGCAUGGGAAAAGGGUUUAAAAACUGGGAUGUAUUAUCUUAGAACUCAAGCUGCAUCAAGAGCUAUUCAAUUUACUAUAGAUGAAAAAGAAGCUGAAAAAGUAAAUGAAUUAGUACCGAAAAAUACAUUAAAAAGGAAAAAAUAUCAACAAAGAAAUGAAGUUAAAAGAAUAAAACAACUUUAUGCAACUCCUGAUUCAGAACUGUACGAUAUUUAUGACACCACACCAGUUGCCUGUGAAAUAGAAAAUAAAGAUUCAUGUCAAUCAUGUUCUGGAUAA